AUGGUCCGACUUAAGGAGAUCAGGGACAAGCUCCGCACAAAUGCUUCAUUCCGAUCCUGGCGGGCUUCUCACACCUUUGGUGGAACUACAAAAUCGAGAUCCCUCUACAUUGCAGGCUUUCGCCGCAAAAGCUUCUACUAUAUUGCUGGACUAGCCGCAACCACAGUAUUAGUUGGUGGUGUAACAGGCGGUGUGAGUGUUCGGGGCAGUCUGAGAAAUGCCAAAGACCUUGGACAGGCAGAGGGAGGACUUGGACAACUGGUAGAAACUAGUAUGACACAGACCAGGAUAAGAACUUUGACGAGUGAUGGACUCUUGAUAUUGACGACGGUUAUUUCAAGCUACAUAACCACUGCCCAGAGAGGAGGCGGUGUUACAGUGAUAAGGACCACGGGAGUAGACGGUGAAACAGUGACAAUUCCAGGUGCUAUAACCUUCGUUACGAAUUCAGAUAAUAAGAUACAGCAGAAGACGCUAGUUGGGAGCACUUACUACGUCACGGAAACAGAUGGUGUGACUGUACCUACAACAGUAUAUGGAGCAGCGACUACAGUAACUGAAACCGACGGAGAUGUCGUGACAGUCACUAUGUACUCUGAAUUGACAAUCUUGACUGAGGCUGAUGGGGACCUCACUACUUCUCUACGAAGCCAAUCUAGAAAUGGGGCAGGUGAAGUGGCGACCAGUGCUGGGACACCGAGUAAACCCCUCUUCUUCUUCAACCACGUCUUCUUCUUCUUCUCCUUCCCCUUCUUCGAUAUCGAGUACGGCAGCAGCGUCAUCUUCUCCAAGCUCCACUUCCGCCUCUCCCACAUCCUCAUCUACCGGCGGAGCUGGCGGGUGCUUUUUGACGCUACAGGAAUAGCAAAUCCUAACAAUAACCCUUACUGUGGUCACCUACAUAAACGACAAGCUGGAGGCGGCGGUGUUACGGUAACAAUAGUUGACAGGUGCCCUGUCUGUGCGCAAUAUGAUUUGGAUUUGAGCCCUGCUGCCUUUGAUGUCAUUGGAGAUCAGAGUGCGGGAAGAAUCGCAAUCGAAUGGAGUUGGUUGGACUGA